UUAGUCUCCGUCAAAAUACUACAGUUUGGUGCAUUUUAGAAUAAUAUCCGCUUCGUAUUUUUAAAAUCUCGUCGUCGUUUUCAGUUCGGUGUAAUGUCGUUCUUCCAUCCUGUGUAUGGUAUAUUAGAGAAAGCCAAUUUUCAUGGAAGAAUGUUCUGUAAUUAACUACUUGCUUCGAUCGUUUAAUUGUAUUUACGAGUCUAUUUUCUCUGUUCUUGCUUACAGUUAUUUUUACGGUCGUCUUAACUAUAGUACACCUGAGGUAGUGAAUGAAAUGUGAUGCUUUAAAAUAUCAAGAAAUUUCUGCUCAAUUAUUACCUAUGUUGAGUUUUCGACUUGAAUGAAAAAAAAAAAGAAGGAGAGGCAAGAAAGAGACAAGAAAUUAUAUAUGAACAAACAUAUGUUCUAUAAACUACCUUCCACAUUCGUAACAGCUGUCUCAAGUAGAUAUGUUUACCAACAUGUUCUGUUCAUAGUGAAAUAGUUUUGUUUCCAAAAUAUUUAUUGGUCACAGAAAGAAGCAACUUAUUAUUGAGACACUUCAUAAUUGGCUGCUAGCAACAAGCGAUAUCAAACCCUGGGCACUCACCAAUUUAAAUGACAAUCAGGAGUAGAAAAAUGGCAGAUUCAAUGCCUUCUGAUUUCAACGAGGAUCAAGACAGUGCAAGUGGUUCGUUACCAUGUGAUCUACAAAAAGGUUAUGCCAUUGAAAUCCUUUGUCUCGACGGGAAAAGUGUUCCCGAUCACUUCAAAUGUCCUGUGUGCCAUCUUAUUUUUAGGGACCCAAUUCAAAGAAUGUGUGGUCAUCGCUUCUGCAAAAAUUGUUUUGAAGGAUUACCUCAGGAUAGCAUCUGUGAAAAAUGUCUGGAAGAUGUGUCAAAUGAAUCUGAUUCCAUUGAUCCCACUAUCAGUAUGCUGAUUUCCAAAAACGAGCAACCAUAUACUCCUGAUUAUUACCUUCGGAAAGAACUUGACAAACACCCUGCUCAGUGUUUAUAUCCAGGGUGUUCAUGGAAAGGCAAAUUCAAGGAUUAUAAACAGCAGCACAGCAGAAACUGUGAGUGGAGACCAGAAGUAUGCGAUAGAUGUUUCGAAGGGAAGAUUCCUAUGUGUGAAAUGGAGAACCAUAAGAAAGAUUGCCCCUAUCCUGUUGAUUGUCCUCUUAACUGCGGUGUAAAGAUUUCCUCAAAAUUAGUAUCAAACCAUCUUCUUGAACAGCUUGAAGAACACAUGUUGAUUUUAAAAAAGAAUAUAGAAAAAUGCAAGAAUAAUUCUGGAAACAGUGAAAUGGGGUGUCAAAAAUUUGAAAAGAAUUUUCUUAAAAUUGACAAAUUAGUUGGAGUUUUCCAGUCUGAUUUAAAAAAAUUAACUAGCACAAUUCAACCACUUCUCUCUUUGAAAGAACCACUACUUGAAAACAUUCCUAGUUAUGAUGGAACAUUUAUUUGGAAAUUAGACGACUUUGAAAAACGGCGUAAAGAUGCAGUAAAAGGAACAUGUCCUAGUUUAUAUUCAACCCCAUUCUACACUAGCAAGUACGGUUACAAGAUGUGUCUUAGACUCUACCUAAAUGGCGAUGGCAUGGGGAAAGGAAAAUAUAUAUCACUUUUUUUUGUUGUCAUGCGAGGCUCAUAUGAUGCACUUCUGGCGUGGCCUUUUCAACAAAAGGUUUCAUUAAUGAUGCUGGAUCAAUCAGGAACAAAGCAUGUUAUUGACAGCUUCCGACCUGAUGCUAAAAGUACUUCAUUUCAACGUCCAGAAAACAAGAUGAAUAUUGCAAGUGGCUGUCCUUUGUUCCUGUCACUCGAUAAGCUUAACUCUCCAAAUACAUAUGUGAAAAGUAAUACAGCUUUCUUCAAAGUAGUUGUUGAUACUACAGGACUAGAACGAAUGCCAGUCAACUUUACCCCUUAAUUAUUUAUAUUAAUCUUUAUUUCUAGAGAGUGGUUAUGCUUGGUUUUAGUGGGGAGGCACAUGCCUCCCUACCGUUUGUGUCCAUUUGCAAUCAUCGUAAUUCCUUAUAAUGCAUUGAAAUUUAGAAAAACCGAUAUUGGUUUUAUUGUAUAAAAUGGCUAUUUUUUUACUUGAUGACUUGUUAAUUAUUGAAUAUUGUUUAUUGAAUAUAAAUUUGUAAAAAUACACAAACCUUUCAUGGAUCAAACAAUUACAACCAAAAUCUAUAUCAUUUAAGCCUGUAUAUAUAUUUGUUUUUGGAAAGUGGGUGGAGCGACAUGCUUCCGCGGAAAUAAAAACAAAACCCUCUCCCCAAAAACAGUAUUUUUUUGACUUUACUAUUCAUAGUAUGCUGGCUGACUAUUGUUCCCUCUUUGCUGGUUUUGAUGUUUGUACCAAACCUUUUGAAUUGGCUGCCAAAUUUCUCUCCAUCACUGCACGCAAUUAAAAGGUUUUUACAUUACAUUUUUUUUUUUUUCCCCAACCAACACUGCUUUUAUUCUGACAUAAAGCUAAUAAAUUAUUUCUGAUAUGCUGCUGCCACCAGUAGCUGGACAUCAUGUUGCUUUUCAUCAGUUGCAUUGGAAAUAACGAAAUAAAAUGCUGAAGUAGUUUGCCAAAAGUCAACUAUCAAAUUCUAAA